AUGGGCAAAUCUUCAUCUUCCUCGAAGAAAAUCAAACCCUCUAAAGAUUCUUCUAAGUUGCGAUCGGUGAAGAAGAAGAAGACCAAGAGAAGCAAAUCAAAGAAGAUUCGUCGGAUUAGAGACUAUUCAGAUGAGAGUGAAUCAAGCGGUUCUGAUUCUUCAUUGUAUUCUACUUCUUCAGAAGAUGAUUACAGGAGAAAGAAGCGUCGAUCUAAAGUGAGCAAGAAGAAGAGGUAUUCUAGUAGCGAGAGUGAUGAUGAUACUCGUCUUCUAAAGAAAAAGAAAAGGUCUAAGAGAAAGGACGAACAUUUAGGGACGAAGAAGAAGAAGAAGAAAGUUAGCUCAAGAAAGAGACGUAGGAGAGAUUCGAGUUCAAGUAGUGAUAACGAGAGCGAUGAUGGUAGUGAGAGUGAUGGGAAUAGGAGGAUUAGGGACAGAGAAAGACUUGAUAAGGUGAAGGCUGAGUCAGAGGAAGAAGUGGAAGAUGAAGUUAUGACCACCGAGAAGAGUAAUCCCAGAAGGCUUAAGUCGAUUGUUGUAGUAUCAUAUAGGUAUGAUAAUGAUGAGAGAAAGGAAGACAUGGUUGAUGACCAUGAUGAUGAAUCUUAUGAGGAUCAGAUUGUUAAUGAUGAUGAUGAAAGUGGCCGUAAAGCUUUUGGCUAUGAUGAGUUUGAGGAAGAUGAUUAUAAUAACUCUGAAACAAGCAAAUCUUCUUAUCCAGAGAAUAGCUUGAAGGAUGAUGACCUGGAAGCUAUGCUAAAGCAAAGAGCAUUGGAGAAUCUGAAAAGAUUUCGUGGGAUAGCAAGAAAAGAAGCAUCUCCUGUUUCUGAAGGAGAAGCUCUUCAAACCGAGUCUGAACAAAUUGAGAAGUCACAAGACCAUGGUCUUAUGGAGCAGAAGCUCUCUAUUGCUGUAGAAAGUAAAGAUCUUGAGACGUCACAAAAGAUUGUUGAUGUCAAUGAAUCUGGAACAGGGUUGGCUAAUCUUGCCUCUCAACAGUCUGGUGACGCUGCCAAGGUUAAAGCUAGUUCUGGUCUUAGUUCUUGUACAACGAAACGGAAGUUGAUUAGACCGGUAUUGGGACAAGAACGUUUAAAUCUGGCUAGCAGAAAAGAAGAUGCUGAAGCAGAGAGCAUCAAUGGCAGUACUCUUGACAAGAACGUUCCUGAAAGUUCUCUAACUAUGGCAAGAAAGAAUGGAGGUGAUAACAUUGAGCGUACAGAAGCUAGCUCUGCUCUUAGUGCGCAGUCUUCUUCUAGUGCUGAUACUGAGACAUUAGAUGAAACCAAAGGAGGGUCUCAGCCUGAACAGAAGACAGAUGAUGAAACGAAAGAUGAGUCACAGUACGAAAAGAAAACGAUGACUGUGAUGAGGGGUGGAGAAAUGGUUCAGGUGAGUUAUAAGGUCUACAUUCCAAAGAAGAGUUCUUCUUUUGGAAGAAGGCAACUGAUCAAGAGGUGA